CGAAGCAGGGCUCUAUGACGGAGAUCAUCUCGACAAUGAUGUCCUCCCAUGAUCUGCUGGAGUCGAAGCACACACCUGACGCUAUCGACUUCAACAAACCUCUCAGGACAUUAUGCUACUCUCGGACCUUCUGCUUUCGACGAUAAGAGAUCACUCGGGAGUGGCAGGAGGAGUUCCGGACCAUCUUGCUGCUAUCGUGGAUGAGCUGCUCCUCGCAUCUCGAGACUAUGGCGAAUCACCCUCCGAGCAGACUUUCCAGACCAUGGUGUCUAUCGUAAAGAGGAUUGAAACACCUUCAGUUCAUCUGGAAAUUGCGCGUGUCUUCCACGAGUUCUUGACGCUGGCCGACAUUGCUGAACGUCAACAUCGUGUCAGGCGUUGGCGUGGAUACAGGAGAGGCGAGUCGUCCCUGUCGUACAGGCAGACUUGUCGCGACGCCUUUCAGCUUCUCCAGGAACGAGGAUUCAAGCCAGCGCAGAUCCGCGACACGCUGGCGAAGCAGAACGUCGAUUUGGUGCUGACUGCUCACCCUACCCAAGCUGCGAGGCGGACAUUAUUGGACAAGUAUUUCCACAUCGCAAACUGUCUGGCUACUCGUGAUAAGACGAUCAUGACGCCUCAAGAAGAGGAGGAGAACCGUGAUGCCAUCCGAGCCGACAUUUUGGCUGCCUGGCGCACAAACACUGUUCGACGCAUCAAACCCACCCCUGAUGAUGAGGCCCGUAACGGGUUGAUGGUGAUCGAAAACACCAUCUGGGCAUGCCUGCCAAACUUCAUGGCCACCGUCGACCACGCGCUGGCGGAGAUUGGACAACCACCUCUCCCGGUCGACAGCAAUCUGAUUACAUUCGGAAGCUGGAUCGGAGGUGACCGAGACGGCAACCCGUUCGUCACAUCGGAAGUCACUCGCGAAGUCAUCAAACUCUGCAGAUGGCGCGCGGCGACUCUCAUCUACACGGAAGUCGACAAGCUCAUGUUUGAUCUCUCCAUGACCGUCUGUAGCCCCGAACUCGCAGCGGUCGUAGCAGAGAUCCCCAACGAAACAAUCGUCGCCUCAUCCCGAAAGACCAAUUUGACGUUUUCGCGAGGAAAUAUCCCGCGAGACGAGCCGUACCGUGUGCUGCUCUCUGUCUUGCGUGACAGGGCAAAGAUCACCGAGGAAUACCUGCAAGGUGCUGUUGGCGUCGAGAACCCGCCGCCGCCGCCGCGCGGAUUUAUUCGCGAGGCGAAGGAGAUCCUUGAGCCUUUGAUUUUGUGUUACAACAGUCUGGUGGCUUGUGGUGAUGGACUCGUUGCGAACGGCCGUCUGAAGUCUCUCGCCAGGAGGAUCUCGACCUUUGGUCUCACGCUUGUCAAACUUGACAUUCGACAGGAGUCUGACCGUCACGCUGAGGUUGUCGAUGCGAUCACGCAAUACCUGGGUCUGGGCUCAUACGCUGAAUGGACCGAAGAGAAGAAGCAGGAGUGGUUGAUUGAAGAGCUCAGAGGCCGUCGUCCAUUGAUCCCCGGAGACUGGCCACAGAACUCCCCAGAUGUCCCCGACUCUGUCAAGGAGGUCGUCGCUACCUUCCGCAUGCUUGCAACAGUCGGGUCGGAUGCGCUCGGUGCCUACGUGAUUUCGAUGGCACGCGUGCCGUCUGACAUCCUGGCCGUUGCGCUGUUGCAGAAGACCGCUGGGGUUGUGACGCCCAUGCGAGUCGCACCGCUCUUUGAAACAAAGGCCGAUUUGGAGGCUGCUCCACAGACUAUCGACCGGUUGCUGUCUGUACCUUACUACCGGUCCUCCAUUCACGAUCAGCAAGAAGUCAUGCUUGGGUAUUCCGAUUCUGCCAAAGACGGAUCCAGGCUGACGUCUGUAUGCUGCCUGUACACCGCACAAGAAGAGCUAGUAAGGACGUGCGACAAAUACGGCGUGCGCCUCACCCUCUUCCACGGUCGUGGUGGUAGUGUCGGCCGUGGAGGCGGACCCCAGCAUCUUGCCAUUCUGUCGCAACCCUCCGGCACCGUGCAAGGCCGCAUGCGCAUUACCAUCCAGGGAGAGAUUAUCGACCACCACUUUGGACACACUGGCACGGCCGAGCAGACCCUGGAGCGAUACACGACCGCCACGCUGAUCUCGACUCUCGCACCCCCACCCCCACCCAAACCCGCAUGGCGCGAUCUCCUCCAACACAUGUCCGACAUCUCCUGCGACUACUACCGCAAGAUUGUCCGCGACACCCCCGAAUUCACACCCUACUUCCGCACCGCCACGCCCAUCACCGAUAUCGGAUCCAUGAACAUCGGGUCUCGACCUUCGAAGCGUAAAGCCACGGGAGGCAUCGACACCCUGCGUGCGAUCCCGUGGAUCUUUGCGUUCACGCAGACGAGGCUGCAUUUGCCCGUGUGGUUGGGGAUUGAUGAGGCGAUUGAGGUUGCGGUUAAGGAAGGGCAUUUGGACACGUUGAGGGAGAUGUACCAGGAGUGGCCGUUCUUCAAGAGUACGCUGGACCUUAUUGCUAUGACGUUGGCUAAGGCUGACCCGAGGAUCUCAGAAUACUACGAAAAAUCCCUGGCCCCCGCCCCCGAACUCCAGUCCCUCGGCGUCCUCCUCCGCGACCGUCUCCGCAAAUGCAUCGACUCGAUCCUAAGUGUCUCCGGCUAUGACCAUCUCCUAGCCUCCGACCCCGUCGUCCGCCGUGCCGUCGAAGCGCGUAUCCCCUUCACCGACCCGAUCAACCUGCUGCAAGUUGAGGCACUGCGGCGUUUGAGGGAGGAGGAGGACAAGGGGGUUGAGGAGAGUUUGGUGUUGAGGGAUUUGAUGAGUGUUACUAUUCAGGGGAUUGCUAUGGGAAUGGGUAACACAGGAUAGAUUGGGCGACUCCGAAGAUCACAAUCAUGUCGCGGCACACACUUGCUUACUUUUCUGGACGGUAGAAUAUUGAUGCUUACUUCUUUGUUCGUCAAUGUCUGCACUUUGAACAUGCGGCGACUUCUGAUGUGGCGUACUU